AUGGCCACGAAAGCGGCCUUCAAACGGCUCACCCGUGAAUACCAAAAUAUCCAAAAGGAUCCCACGCCAUUUAUUGUGACCCAUCCAUCUGAGACCAACAUCCUUGAAUGGCAUUACAUCCUCACUGGACCUCCGGGGACUCCUUAUGAGAAUGGACAGUACUGGGGUACAUUGAUCUUUCCGCCGGAGUACCCAUUUGCUCCUCCCGCCAUCCGCAUGCACACACCCAGUGGCCGAUUCCAGCCCUCCACUCGACUCUGUCUAAGCAUCAGUGACUUCCACCCGAAAUCCUUCAACCCCGCCUGGGAAGUCUCGACCAUUCUCAUCGGUCUUCUCUCUUUCAUGACCAGUGAAGAAAUGACCACGGGAAGUGUCAGUGGUUCAGAAAGUGAGCGCAGAGUGCUUGCCGCGCGAUCUCGGUGGUGGAACUCGACCGGAGGAGGUUCUCAUGUCAGCGCCACUGCCGGCGUCACUCGAACUUCCAAGGGUAUCAACAAUGUCAAGGCGGGAGAUGGUGGCUUGAAGUUCCGCACAGAAUGGCCUGAACUCGACCAGGAAAACUGGGCUUGGAUGAAAGAGCAUCGCAUCGAUUCCGCCACCGGCCAGAUUUUGCCAGAUCCCAAUGCGCCCACCAAGUGUUCCCCAGAGACAAGUGCUUUACGUCGACGACCCAACGGCAGUGCUCCUGGAAUCGGUUCUGUUGUGGAUGGUGGACACGUUGCGAGAGAGGCUGGUCAAGGCUGGGCCGGACGAAACCGAAUCUGGAUAUGUGUUGCUGUCUUCUUUGGCUAUGCACUGAUCUCACGACUGUUGAGUGAUAUGCGAGCAUGA